AUGUCUCUCACCAUUGACCAUGCUUUGUUUGAAAGCGCAUUACAAACGUCUUUAGGUUCAAGCUCUAAUAUGCCAAAGAACAGCAAACUACCAGCUCAGAAACAAGCACAUUCAAGCAGUCAGGCCACAGACGAUGAGAAAUCAGCCUUUCGAGUUACAAGAGUACGAUUUAUUGUGCUAUUUUCUGGGAUGUUGCUUGGCUUCUUUAUGGCAGCAUUAGAUACAACCAUUACCAUCACAGCACUCGGUGCCAUAGCAUCAGAAUUCAAUGCUGCUGACCAGAUCGGAUGGAUUGGAUCAGCUUACUUGUUGACAUUGAGCGGAUUUCAGCCCAUCUAUUGCUCUACAGCUGAUAUAAUAGGUCAAAAAUACUCAUACCUUGUGAGCAUCACCAUAUUUAUUCUGGGCAGUGUACUGUGCGGUGGCUCAUCUACCAUGAACAUGCUGAUUGUCAGUAGAGUUGAAGCAAUCCAGGGAGUUGGAGGCGCAGGAUUACUUACUUCUGUCUUGGUCAUUAUUUGUGAUUUGAUGGACAGCAGAACAAGGGCUGUUUAUCAAGGCAUACUUGGAGCUGCGUUGGGCCUUGCUACUAUUGUAGGCCCAUUGUUGGGCGGCUUUUUGGCAGAUCAGCAUCAAUGGAGGUGGUGCUUUUACAUCAACAUAUUCAUGGGCGUUGUAGUCUUUGCUAUCAUUGUCGUCUUAUGCGAUCUUCCUUUCACCAGCAAGCAAACGGAACGUCAGCGCAAUGAAAAAACCCUAUGGAGGCAAUUCCGUCAGGUGGACUAUGCCAGCUUCUUCUUACUGAUGCCAGGCGCUGUUUGCUUUCUCGUGGGAUUACAGAUUGGUGGUGAUCAGCUUAGGUUCGAUACGCCUCUCAUCAUAGCACUCUUGAUCCUGGGCCCUGUAUUUACGUCUCUGUUCGUUGUAUCCGAGAUUUGGAUCGUACAGCAUAACCCCAUCUUUCCUCGACAUUUCGUCAUGUCCAUCAACAACAUGGCUGUUCUCGCAGGACAAUUUGCAGGUGGUGCCGUGAAUAACGCAAUCAUCUACUUUAUUCCUUUGCAUUUUCAAAUUGUCAAAGGGGACACAGCAGUUGAAUCUGCCUUGGAGCUGCUCUCGUUUUUCAUCACUGCUGUGCUUGGAGGUUUAGUGUCUGGCAUUGUGAUCCGUAAGACAGGCCGUUAUCGAUUUAUGCUGUGGAGUAGUACAGCAUUGAGUACAGUGGGUGCUGCACUGUUGCAGACUUGUACAAUUGAUACGCCAAAUGCUGUUCAAUAUGCGUAUCUUGCGAUAUUGGGAUUUGGAAUAGGUGUUUUUAAAAAUGUAUUUGUGGUGGUUGGUCAAGCAGCAGUUCCCGUGGAAGAUUUAGCGAUUGCAACAGCACAUGGACAAUUUGCUAGGCUGUUGGGUGGCGCUUUUGGGGUAAAUCUGGCUGCAGUGAUAUUCAAAUUUUACAGCAACAGCUCGCUUGCCAAUGCUUCGAAAGAAUGGCACUAUGAAGUAUCGCUCAAAAACCUUGAUUUAUUAAAGGUCAUGCCAGAUAUCAUGAAAAGAAAGGUGCGCAUCGUGUGCCUUGAUGCUUUAAACAAGAUCUACGUGAUGGUCGCCGUGGCUGCUGGUAUCACAUUCUUGUCGACCCUGUUUGUAAAAAAGUACAAUGUAUCCAACAAACUGAAUAAUGUCGUAGCCAAAAAACCGAAUCCACUGCAAUAA